AUGUUCCUCUAUUCUCCGGCCGUGAAGAAGGGUCGAGGUGCCUUGGCGAAGUCUUUCAAAGAUCAGGCCGAAGACGAUUUCGAUGAUCGGGCGGAGUUCCAAAUCGAGAAGGUGGAGUUUCCCAUGUUUUCCGGUAGCUUAACAAAGUACAGCAUCACGGCGGGUGAGGAUACUGACUCCCCGGAUGUCACCGUUCCAAAUCCCGCAUGGGGUAUGCUGCCUUUGCUGUCUGAACAGCUCGUGGGUUUUUUCGAAGCACGAGGUGUGAAGGUCACCAAGACGAUGGAGACGAAACAAUUCCACACGAAGCUCAACUUUGUCAUUCGGAAGCUUUCAGGAGUUGUUGGGCUCACGGUUACAAAGAUGGAUUACCAGAAGAUUGCCGGGAAGAAGCAUGUCAAGAACAAGAGGAAGCGCGAUGAGUUUGAGUUUGGUGGCUUCUCGGAAGAGGAGCCCGAGGAAAAGCAGACCUGGAGUAUCCCAGGCAUGGAGAAGAUGAAUUCGAGGGCCGAGCUGGCGACUGUAGCACUGGACAUCGAAGACGUUGUUGCAGAUGAAGUGAAGAACAUGUUGACGAUCACCUUCAAGCAUCCCUUGCGAGCUUUUCACCAGCAGUCCAUAGGCAAGGAUGGCGAGAUUACAUAUGUGGAAGUGGAGGAGGAGACCAAAGGGACGAACGUGCCGAUUUCCGAGCCACCAGCGGCAGUGCUUGGACAAGAACUUGUGAAGAUUGCUCCUAGCACAAUGAAGAUGCAUCUCUACUUCUUGGGGGACUGGAACGACACAGAUGCCUUGGGUGGUGAAGGCCAGGGCAAAGCCUGCAAGAAAGAGUUAGGCUGGUACCUCGACAUACUGAAGAAAAUCCAAUCCACGAUCGACAAGAAGCGAGAGGUUGUGGCAAAGGUCCAGCAGCGACGGGACGAGCAGAAAGGCACGAAGUUCUGCGAUCUUGCUGCAGACAGUCAUGCCAGGAAAGCCGUCGAGGAGUUCGACUUGGAUAUCACAGAAGAAACCGGACACUGGGACCCUUCAGUGCUGGAUGAAGAGUGGAAAGCUUGGUAUGACUUGCGAAAGCAAGCUGAGUCGCGUUGCAGUCGGCUGUUUCGAGAGGGUUGUGAAAUGGAAGGCGAUGAGGAGAAAGAUGAGGAAGAGGAGUUCGAUGUUGAUGACCAUGAUGAAGACUACUACCAAUCGACAGGAUUUCAACUGAAGAUGUUGAAGGACUUACGGAGGGCAUACUGCAAUUCAUUGAGGCGUGCGGGGCUCGAUGUUGCCAAAGCAGAAGCUGCAGCUAAAGGCCUUUUCCUGCAAAGUGUCCAUGUGAGCGAGGAUGGUGGCAUCCAGCCCCGUACGGUUGAUGUGCACGUUCGCAUAUUCAGUGCUGUUGGCCAAGCCAAGCUGGUCGAUGUCGAACACGAACAUCAUGCUCGAGCACGUAUGAGUUUUUGUGAAGAGCACGCCUACAUCAAAGCGCAGGUUCAUGCAGUGGAUCCUGAAACUUUAACCUUCCAGGUAGUGGAUGACCUUGCUGGCACAGUGGACGACAUCACACUCUUCAAAAUGGAACGUCAUCCUCGCACGGGCAAGCGCACCUACUCGCUGGCACCGGUCAAGCAGGCCCAGAAGCUCUCCGAAGCCAUUUUGGGUCAGCGUCGCGGGUCCUUGGCUGCUUUCUACAGCUUCUACAUCUUUAUGAUGGCAGCUGGUGCUGAGACACGGCCUUUCACUGACAUGGAUUACUGUGAGUUUUGUCCACUGAGCUACCUAGAGUCGAAGCUUCACCACAAGAGAUAG